AUGGACGACCCGUUGAGUGCUGUCGACACUUCUGUUGCCGAACAUAUAUUUGAUAAUCAUAUGAGACACACCUAUCAGUCCUCUAACCAGUCUUUCCAUCAGAUGUAUAGUGGAGUACUUGUCGGACAAAAUCCGGAUUCUAGUCACACAUCAAAUCCAAUUCAUACGAAAAGCCACACAAAUACUGGUCUUAAGCCCAGAGGGCCGGUGCCUGGGUCCCAGGGCCUGGACUUCAUGAAACUACUAAGCGAUCAGGACAUGGAUGCAACAAAACAACAGGAACGGGAUCUCAUGAGAACUCUGUCACAAAAUAGUUAUGACACCAAAAUCACAUCCCGAACCGCAUCGGUAGUGGAAAACCCUGUUAUGCUAAACGAUGAUGUGAUGGACGGGCAGUAUUCGGGUGACCCUAAAAUACAAGACGAAAACCGGGAGUCGGGCUCCAUUUCCGGUCGGGUAUAUUGGAAGUACAUUAGGGCCGGUGCCGGACCCCUACUGUUUAGCGUAACCCUAUUUUUCACCCUGAAUAUUUUGACUGACAGUAAUCAGGAAAAUACAAACUCGGAUACCAGUGCCCAGAAUAACGGUGUAAUUAUCUAUUCAUCACUAAUGGGCGCACUGUUUAUGACAUCCCUAUUGAGGGCCAUCACGUGGUUCGUGAUGUUUAUGAGAGCCUCCGUUAAUCUACACAACAGUAUAUUCUAUCGACUAUUACGGGCGCCGAUAGCCGUGUUUGACAACAACCCCGUCGGGCGUAUACUAAAUCGGUUUACCAAAGACCUGGGUAUUAUCGAUGAGAUGCUCCCAUCGACUGCAUAUGAUUUAAAUCUAAAUAUUCUGACUGACAGUAAUCAGGAAAAUACAAACUCGGAUACCAGUGCCCAGAAUAACGGUGUAAUUAUCUAUUCAUCACUAAUGGGCGCACUGUUUAUGACAUCCCUAUUGCGGGCCAUCACGUGGUUCGUGAUGUUUAUGAGAGCCUCCGUUAAUCUACACAACAGUAUCUUCUAUCGACUAUUACGGGCGCCGAUAGCCGUGUUUGACAACAACCCCGUCGGGCGUAUACUAAAUCGGUUUACCAAAGACCUGGGUAUUAUCGAUGAGAUGCUCCCAUCGACUGCAUAUGAUUUAAAUCUAAGUUUGACACAAGGUAUCGGCAGUAUAACCAUGGUAGCCCUGGUCAACCCUUACCUUAUACUACCCGCUAUUGCGCUCAUUGGAUUAAUACUAUUAGUCCGUGUUAUAUACAUUAAAUCUGCCAGGGACAUUAAAAGAUUUGAAGGAUUAACCCGGAGCCCAGUCUAUUCACACGUGAGCACCACCCUGAGUGGGUUGGCCAGUGUGCGGGCCUAUGGGGCACAGGAAAUGUUUGAGCAGCAAUACUACGUGUACCAGGAUGACCACUCAGCCACCUGGAUACUAUCCAUUACUGCUAACCGUUCAUUUGGAUUGAUAAUGGACUGGCUGUGUGUGGGAUAUAUUGUGGUUAUAUUUGCUGUACUUAUGAUAUAUUCGGACGGUUUAAAGGGAGGGGAGGCGGGACUGGCGUUUUCAUCGGCCCUGAUGCUGACGGGUAUGACUCAGUGGGGGGUCAGACAGUCGGCUGAGUUGGAGAGUCAGAUGACUUCAGUCGAGAGAAUCAUAGAGUACUCGAAACUACCACAAGAGGCGCCGUUAGACUCGGAUGACAGACACCGACCGCCACCUGACUGGCCAUCCAAGGGUCAGAUAGAGCUGAGGAAUAUGUCUCUCGUAUACGAGGGCUCAACCAAACCGGUGCUGAAGAAC